GUCUUUGUCCGCGGGUCAGCGCGGCCUCGGGGUCCACGUGGCGCCGAAGUAGGCGGUGGGAUCUGGAUGUCUGGGUCGGUCGGGCCGGGAGUUUGAUGGGGAAGGUUCUGGAUCUCUGGGGCCGCGGCACGGGGUUAAGAAGCUGAGAAAAUGACAAGUACAUAGAGCAGCAUCAAGAUUUGGGAGGCCAGUUGAAUCUGUCUCAAAGUAUAGACCAAGGAUAAAAGCUACUUUCUUCAAAACAGACUUCAUUCUUGAAAGACAACCUUUUUGAAAUUUUGAGUUCAAAACAUAAUUUAUACUUAAACAGAAAGGAAGUCAUAUAGGAAAGAAUCAACUGUUUGGAAAUCCUCUACCGCAGCUUAGUCCUUAUGGUUAUAAUUCCUUGCAAGUAGAAACCAGUGCAGAAAGGCCUGCGGCUUAGAAACUGCCUCAUUUGGAAGCAGAACACUCAUACUAGAGGAAAAGCCUAUGAAUUUGCCAAAUGUAGGGAGGCAUUUCCUCACAUGUCCCAUCUCAUUGAGCAUAGAAGCCAUGCUGAGAGGAAGCCCUGGGUUUCUAAGGAAUAUUGAAAAGCUUUUAGCUAGAUGACAGAUCUCUAACAGCAGAAAAUUCAUCCUGGAGAGAAACAAGUGAACAUUGCACAGUGUCAUUAGCUAUUAGAAAAGUUAUACUAGAGAGAAAGAUUUGUACUGAGAAGGUAAAACUUUCUCUCAGACUUUGUCCCUUACUGCAUUUGAGACAUCAGACACAGAAGCCUUAGAGCUGUAAGAAAUGUGGAAAUAUCCUCAGCCAAGCGUAAACCCUCAUUCAUCAAAACUUUUAUACUGGAGACAAACCUUGUGAAUGUUGUAAAACUUCCAUUCAGAUGUCACACCUCAAUCAGCAAAGAAUUUUGAGUGGGGGAAACCCCUAUGCCUGUAAGGUAUGUGGGAAACUCUUUAGCCACAAAUCAAAUCUCACAGAACAUGAGCAUUUUCAUAAUAGAGAGAAACCUUUUGAAUGUAACGAAUGUGGAAAAGCCUUUAGCCAAAAGCAAUAUGUCAUUAAACAUCAGAACACCCAUACUGGAGAGAAGCUUUUUGAAUGUAAUGAUUGUGGAAAGUCCUUUAGCCAGAAAGAAAACUUGCUUACCCAUCAGAAAAUUCACACUGGAGAGAAACCUUUUGAGUGCAAAGAUUGUGGGAAAGCUUUCAUUCAGAAGUCAAACCUCAUCAGACAUCAGAGAACUCACACAGGCGAGAAGCCCUUCAUAUGUAAGGAGUGUGGGAAAACCUUUAGUGGAAAAUCAAACCUUACUGAGCAUGAGAAAAUCCAUAUUGGUGAGAAACCCUUUAAGUGUAAUGAGUGUGGAACAGCUUUUGGCCAGAAAAAGUACCUCAUAAAGCAUCAAAACAUUCACACUGGAGAGAAACCCUAUGAAUGUAAUGAAUGUGGAAAAGCCUUCUCUCAACGAACAUCACUUAUUGUGCACGUGAGAAUUCAUUCAGGUGAUAAACCUUAUGAGUGCAAUGUAUGUGGGAAAGCCUUCUCUCAGAGUUCAUCUCUAACAGUGCAUGUGAGGAGCCACACAGGUGAGAAACCCUAUGGUUGUAAUGAAUGUGGGAAAGCCUUUUCUCAGUUCUCAACCCUGGCCCUGCAUUUGAGAAUACACACAGGUAAAAAGCCUUAUCAGUGUAGUGAGUGUGGAAAGGCUUUCAGUCAGAAGUCACACCAUAUUAGACACCAAAAAAUCCAUACUCAUUAAAAACCUAUGAAUAGAUUCAGUGUGGGAAUGUGUUCAUUAAGAAGUUAUACCUCAUGGUGCAUCAUUCGAUCGUUCUGAAGCUAGGCACUACAAAUGAGGUGAACUUUUCACCAAUGCUAAAAUGUAACAGACACCCGAGAAUUCAUCCUGAAGAGAAAGACAUUUUGAUGAUUAAAAGCCAGUGCGAUAAGAAAAACCCACAACAGACAGCAAAACUAAUGCUGGAACUUACUAAGCAUACUCAUCUAAAAUUGAGAGUGGAAAACAGGUCUGUUAAUGUUGUCAGCAGAGAUCUGGAGAUCUUUACCAGUGUAUUAGAAGAAAUAAUUUUUAUGAUCAUUUACAGUAAUAUAAAACUUGUGUAGAGUCAAAAGAACUGCAAAGAUUCCAGAAAGAUACCUAUGCAUUGCAGAAUCCAGACUGAAAGGAAUGGUGUUAGGAGAACACCAAGACUACGUUUGGAAGUAAAUUGUUCUCAUGAGGAGGGAAGAGAACACAGCGCAAACUAUACACAGUAGUAGAAGUAAAAUCUAUGGAGAUUGAAAGCAGAAAUAUAAAAAUGCAAGGUUAUGACCUUGGGAGUAGGAAAACAUUCCUUGUAGCAUUUGAAAAUACUUAGCAAUUCUCAUGAGUAUUUAUACUCAGGUAGAUGCCAGGAAAUUUACCGUGACUUAGAGUAGCGAAAUAUGAGAAAGACCUGAAAUGCCUGUUGGGAAUGGAAUGAGGAACUCUUAGGUGGACAACUAUGCAGGUAUCUGUAAAAUGCAGCAAAUGAGCUCCAUGUGUAUGAAUGGAAAGAUGCUAGAAGUGUAGGGGGGAGACUCAAGUUGCAGAAUGAUGCAUAUAGUACCGUGAUUUUCUGUAAACUUAAAAUUUCCUUCAUGAAACUCAGUUUAUAUCGAUAUGAACACACAUGUAUGUAAGUGUUUUUGAGAUACAUCAGAAGGAUACAGACCAACUCCCCAGAGUGUUGGCCUCUGAAGAGUGGAGAAGGGAAGGGAGUGGUGUGGGCGGUGGGUGGGGAGGGGGCUUCAGCUUUUUAUAUAAGCAUUUCUCUUAAAGACUGCAAGUAAAUGUAUGAAGAUACUGGCUAAUUCUCAGUUGUGGUAUAUGGAUAUCUUGUCUUAUUUUUUGUACUUUUCUGUAUUUUUCAAAUUUUUCAAAAAUUAAUAAGAAAGGAGGUAAAGGUAGGAGCGCUGUACCUGUAGAAAUGUUCUAGUGGAUUAAUUCCCAAUCAAAUAUUAAGCUUUUAUAGAAAAUAUUUCUAAAACUUUAUUAACAAUGAAUGGAUGGACUUGACACUAUGUAAUAUGAAAUUAUCUAUUUUAUUAAAAUUAAAAAUGACAGCAUACUCAA